UCUCCGUUGUAAAUGUGGCUGAUAUUGACCCAUACUUCUGACAGUUAGCCUGUUAAGCUUGCAAAGAGACACAAUUCCAUGAGAAUAUUCUAUUUCAACGCCUGACCUUCCUAUUCUGAGGGUUACGGAGGAAGCGGCUGGCUAUAACCUAUAAGGCUGCUGAUGUCUACUUCGACCCUCUCGGUUACCAGCAGAAUUUCCCAGCACACAUCACCCUCAACUCAUUCUUUGCAGGUACAAGCAUUUCACCUCAAGGUUUGUUCAUCUUUCAGACUCAAAAUGUCACCUCCAGCCUCUAUUCUGCUUUUUCUCGUGUCUUCGCUAGGAUUUGUCAGCGCAACACCUUCUCAAACACACUGGAAGCGCGAUGGAGAUGUGGCGGUAAACGCCAAAUGGACUGCUCACGACAAAGUCGUUCCCGUUGCGGAAGCCCCUGGCUAUGAUCUCGACGGCGAGGUCCAGAUGACUUUCAAGCCCCUGAUCCAUUCUUGGCACGGAUGUGUUCCAUACGCAGCGGUGGACGCUGAUGGUGCUGCCGGGUAAGUGAAACUGAAGCAACCUUUGAUUCUGCAUAUCCUAGAAAGCUAGGCAAACUGAUCAACCUGUAUAUGUACUGAUGGUGAUUGGAUAAUAGCGCUGGCUUGAAGCCGACAGGAAAGAGCGGCGGCGACUGCCGCGACUUGGGCCAGAUCGGACAGACUUACACGCGAAUCGGACAAUCCCACAACCGGACGGGCAUCAUAUACAG